UCAUAAUGAAGAUGAAUACUAAAGCUAGCAUUCUUUUCUCUACAUUUGUAUUUUUAACAUUCUUUCAUCUGUCUUUGGUUUCUUGUCGCAAAACAAUAAGUGGUCGUGUUGAAAAUGGCUUCACCCUUGAUCUUAUCCAUCGUGAUUCUUCUCAUUCACCUUUUUAUAACCCAUCAAACACUCAAUCAAAUCGACUUAGAAAUGCCUUUCAUCGAUCAUUUUCACGUGCUUCUUUUUUCAAGAAGAGUUCUCUUGCUACUCCCAACACAAUUCAAUCAGAUAUUUCACCAAUCCCUGGUGAAUACCUUAUGAAAUUAUCAAUUGGAACCCCCCCGGUUGAAAUUGUAGCUAUAGCUGAUACGGGUAGUGACUUAACAUGGACGCAAUGUAAGCCUUGUGAAAAUUGUUUUGAACAAUCAUCACCUCUUUUUGAUUCGAAGAAAAGCUCUACUUAUAAAACCGCGGGGUGUGACGUUGAAGAAUGUACAUCAAUAGGGAGUUCAUCUUGUGUGAAAGGAAAUGUUUGUGAAUAUCAAAUGAGUUAUGGUGAUCAAUCACACACUAUUGGUGACCUUGCUUUUGAUAAAUUCACUUUUCCUUCUACUUCUGGUAAAGAUAUCGCGAUUCCCAAUGUUGCAUUUGGUUGCGGUCAUGAUAAUGGUGGAACGUUUAAUAAUUAUACGUCUGGUAUUAUUGGUUUAGGUGGUGGUGAAGUUUCAAUUAUCAACCAAUUGGAUAAAGAGAUAAAUGGGAAAUUCUCUUAUUGUUUAAUCUCAAUCCCAUUAGAUUCACCAAUUUCAAAUGUCACAAGUCACAUCAACUUUGGGAGUAGUGCCACCGUAUCCGGCCUUGACGUCGUUUCAACUCCCUUGAUUAAAAAAGAUCCAUCCACUUUCUACUAUCUUAACUUGGAAGGAGUUAGUGUUGGGAAUAAGACGUUGAAAUUCAAAUCUUCUAAAAUUGGCUCGGGAGGUGAGGAAGGCAACAUUAUAAUUGAUUCAGGCACAACGUUGACUUUUCUACCUAACGACUUUUACUCGUCUUUGGAAUCAACAUUGGUGGAUUCGAUUAGUGCUACUAGGAAGGAAGAUCCAUCAGGGACUUUUCGUCUAUGUUAUGAGUCUGAGAAUGGUACUAUCGAUGCUCCAACGAUUGUUACACAUUUUACAAAUGCGGAUUUUAGAGUUAUCGCCAUCGAGCACGUUUGCAGAAAUUGA